AUGAGACGAGAGCUCGGGCUGGCUGUCAUUGCCACCGCCCAAUCGACACCCGCGAUCCGAAGCGCGAGCAGGACGACCUCCUCCCAAUCAAGAGGCCGGAGUGCGAGCCUGUCCCUGACCUCAAUUCGGAUCGGAUGCUUUAGCGACGCCUGGCAGACUGAGCGAGAAAGAGAGGAGAGUGUGGGACAGCGACGGAUAUUUGGGAUACAGCUCUCGCGCGUCCCGACUCUCGGUCUUGCAAUGGGAUGCACGUUAAGUGCAGAGGAGCGCGCGGCUCUGGACCGGAGCAAGGCGAUCGAGAAAAACCUCAAAGAAGACGGACUAAGCGCAGCCAGAGAAGUCAAAUUACUGCUGCUCGGCGGAGGGGAGUCGGGGAAGAGCACCAUCGUUAAACAGAUGAAGAUUAUCCAUGAAGAUGGUUUCUCUGGAGAUGAUGUAAAGCAGUUUAAACCUGUGGUCUAUAGCAACACCCUUCAGAGCCUCGCUACCAUCUUGCGAGCCAUGGAGACUCUUGGUAUAGAGUAUGCAGACAAGGACAGAGCUGCUGACGGUAAGUUGGUAUUUGAUGUGGUCACUCGUAUGGAGGACACAGAGCCAUUCUCAACAGAACUGCUGGCUUCAAUGAUACGUGUGUGGACUGAUGCUGGAACUCAAGCUUGCUUCGGCCGCUCACGAGAGUACCAGCUCAAUGACUCUGCCCAGUAUUAUCUAGACAGUUUGCAGCGCAUUGGAUCUCCAGAUUACCUUCCCACUGAACAGGAUAUCCUAAGAACCCGAGUCAAAACUACUGGCAUUGUUGAAACACAUUUUUGCUUCAAGAACCUCAACUUUAGGCUGUUUGAUGUCGGGGGACAGAGAUCAGAGAGGAAAAAAUGGAUUCACUGCUUUGAGGAUGUGACCGCCAUUAUCUUCUGUGUGGCACUGAGUGGAUACGACCAAAUGCUCCAUGAAGAUGAGACCACGAACCGUAUGCACGAGUCUCUUAUGCUUUUCGACUCUAUAUGUAAUAACAAGUUCUUUGUCGACACUUCCAUCAUCCUUUUCCUCAACAAGAAGGAUCUUUUUGGAGAAAAGAUUUUGAAAUCUCCACUGUCUAUCUGCUUCCCAGAAUACACAGGCCCAAAUACAUUUGAAGCAGCAGCUGCAUAUGUCCAGACUCAGUUUGAGAGUAAGAAUCGCUCUCCUAAUAAAGAGAUCUACUGUCAUCUAACCUGUGCUACCGACACUGGAAACAUCCAAGUGGUCUUUGAUGCUGUCACUGACAUCAUCAUCGCCAAUAACCUGCGUGGGUGUGGUCUCUACUGAGCUCCAAAUCCUCUUGUUGCCCCUCGAUAUGGUAACAAGUGACUGAACUGACACCCCUAUGACAUUGGCCAAGGCACCCCCUCAUUUCAUUUCACUGUCAGUUUUGUCUUUUGUUCAGAAUAUUUAUCCCUUGAUUUCUUUUGUAGUUUGUCAGUAUGUUGCUGAAGUUAAUAAUGUACGGGUGUGCAUGUAUAGUGUAAAAUGUGUGUGGUCGGGCAUAGAUGCUUUAAGCACAAGUGCAUGUAUGUGAGUGUUAGUCACAAUGCGUGAGAGUGCUUGUCAGGUGAUAACAUACAAAUUUCUCUGCCGUGCAAAUUCACUUGGCAGAGCCUUUUAAGUGCUGACACGAUCCUGAUCUAAAACAAUCUCAGAACCCCAGAAGGAUCAGUGUCUCUUGCAGGCUUUUUUCAUCUAAUAAUAUCUGUGAAAUGUUGAAUUACUGAGAGUCAUUGUCAUUGGUUGACUAAUCAUUUGGCAGAGCUGAAUGUCAUUGUAGAAACUGAAUGUUGUCCAGGGGCAGCCAAAGUAGUUUGGGAACUGAGCAUUGCUCCUUAUUGGGUCUCUGCCCACUGGCUUCAGGCUGUGACAUAAUAUGCCUUUCAGCUGAAGAAGCCUCUUACAUAGUGUGAUGUUGACAACAUUCUCACCCUACAUGAGCACAAAUAGCUCAAAACCUGUUCACUUCUGUACAAAUGAUUCAGUAGUUUGUUUAUUUAUAUAAUUAUAAGCGCAUGUAUUUACAUAUUUUGUAUCGCCCACACUUUGUGCACUCUAGCAAAGUCGGGCUAUGAAUACAAACGAACUAGCUUACAGACUUUAGAUGGAGAAAAGCAUUACUAUAAGAAAGUAAUUCAGAGUCAUAUAUUACUGAAUUACUGAACGAAUGAGCUGUCGUUUCUUUUUAUCUCACUCUCUAUAUCUGAUGGUGUAAUGCUUGAGAGUGUGUACAGAUUGUGUACAGGGUGUGCGUGUGUGAUGCAUGCACACUUUCUAUUCAUCCAUGACCUGUUACUUAACCCAGAUUUCUUUUUCCAUCCCUCUUUUCUUUUUCUUUGCUCUGGAUGGAUUAUUUUUUUGGUUUGGUGCACUGAAUAUUCUCUUUUCUCCCUUGGGGUAUACUGCACUGUACUGCUGGUUUUAAUCUUAUGACCGACCAAUGAAAUGUUUACAUUAAAAAAAGAAAACACUUUAG